AAAUCCUGGAGAGCGUACUGUGGUCUCGGGUUCAUCCUAUCAUACUCUCUCGUUUCCCUCCUGCUCAGCCUUAAAGCCCCGAGCACAGCAGCCCGUGAAAGAGACCAUAAUCACGAAUUACUCAACACACGGAAAUAAGUCCCGGAAGAUGAACCGAUUCUUCUACAACUUGUAGACUACAAGUGAAUUCCACAACCACUCAGGAAUUAUGGAUUCAAACUUGCAGUCUCCACCCUUGGAUGACGCUGAUGCAAAGACACAAUUUCGUAAGCCAUCUACAGAUGCAACAAACAGGAAGUAUCGGCGCCAUACUCCAGUUAGUGGGUCAUCUUCAUCUGAUGAAAUUCCUAAGCGGGGCCGAAGCCGUAGCCCAAAUAUCUCGAGGGAUGACACUGUGAAAGUCUCAGAACAGCAACCAAGAAGGAAGGAUGAUGGGAGGGAAUUAGAAAGGGAUUCGAGCAGAAGCCAUUAUGGUAGAAGUGGUGAUUAUUAUAGACAUUCUGGUCGACAGUCCUCCAGGGGUUCCCAUGGUUACUCUAGGCAUGAGGACUACAUGCAUGACAAGCAUGUGGAUGAAGAGGAGAGAAACUAUAAGAGGCUAUCCUCUCGUUCUGGUCGAGAGUCAAAGGGUGGCAGUCAUUCUGAGCAUACACGAAAAGAAAGUGAACAGAGUAGGCCAAGAGAAUAUUCGAGAAAUGUGGACAAGUAUUCCCGUGAUAAAUAUGAUGCGCCUAGAAGCAAGGAUAAGGACAUAGAAGCCUCAUUUUUAGAACAGCAGAAAUAUAGAGAGAAGGAUUCGUCAUCUGAUAGAGCUGGAUAUGGUAAGAGACAUGCUCUUUCUGAAGAUGUUGAGAGGGGUAGGUAUACAAGGGACAGUGACGGCGGUCGAGAGGUGAAGCGAGAUUAUCAUAGGAGUUCAGGAGAUUACAGAGGUGACAGACUUUCCUAUGAAGAGACCUGGGGCACCGAAGUGGCUCAACUUCUGGAGGGGAUAGUGGUAAACAUCGCCUGGGAUGCUUAUAAGAGUGACCCAGUGGAACUGGAUAGUCAGAGGCUAUCUAAAGAAGAAAAGAAGAAAAAGGAUGACCGCGAAACUGACAGAGAUAAGGAGCAGUACAAUAGAGAACCAGGGGAGCUUGUUGAAGAUAAGUCUGCUUUUGUGACUGAAAAUCAAGAAUCUCCGGCCAAAAAAUCAAAGCUGUAUAGUUUGGACAAGGACAGUGACUAUAGGAAAGAUGUUAAACCUGUUUCGAAGUUCUCAUCUGUAGCUGAGGAUGCUAAAAUGACUCCAGGACAGGGCCAGGCCAGUGACUCCGAUGCUGCUAAUGAUCUAAAUGCUGCGAAAGUUGCUGCAAUGAAAGCCGCUGAAUUAGUAAAUAGGAAUCUUUUUGGAGUUGGAAGUUGCAUGACUGCCGACCAAAAGAAGAAGCUGCUGUGGGGAAACAAAAAGAACACAACUACCGAAGAAUCUGGACACCUUUGGGAUACAUCGCUGUUUUCUGAUCGUGAACGACAAGAAAAAUUCAACAAACUCAUGGGUGUGAAGGGCGACUUGAAGUUGGAGCACAAAGCCGACGAACAAGAUGGGGGCAACCUCCUUCGAGCCGAGAAGCAGAAAGAACUCCAAUUGGAUUUAGAAAAGCAGUACACUGCCGGACUCCGACGAAGGGAUGGCCGUACUGUUGGAUUAGGUCUUUAACUAUUUGCUAUGGAUUUUUCUGCACUCGAAUGUGUUGCAGUUCUAAAAUGCUUUGCAACAUUUUGUUGUACUCUUGCGGAAGAGUUAUGUUUCUUGUAGUUUCAUACCUACGGAAUGUUUGGGAGGAUAUGCUCUGUUGUUGUUGGAACUGUUCAGAUUUUUGCAAAA